AUGGCCCACAGUUGGCUGGCUUCGGAUUUGGAUUGUGGGUUUUGGGAGAGAAACAAAAUGAAGGGAGUGAAAGGCAAACUUGUGAAGAGGUUGAAAUCAAUCCCAAAAGUUCUUCAGGUGAAGCCACAAGCAUCAUCAGAUGGGUAUGUGGAGAACAUGUCUGUUGUCAAAUUCUACAAUCGAACAGAGCAGGACUACUGUGUGAGCAUUGACAAAGAAAACAUCCCAGUUGCUUCCGUGGAGUCUACUUUGAAACAGAGUAAAGCUACUUCCCCAGAUUCAGAAUCAGAAGCAUUAGUGUUACCUUUAUCGGAGAUUGACAUCUCGUCUUUCCGGCGACCCGACUUAGAUUCCGGUACCCUCUUCGACCCGGGGCUACUGGCCGCCUUUCGGCAAGCGGUGAUUGAGUAUAUGAGAUUGAGUGAAGACCCUCUCUUGGGCUUCCAAGAGAAACGUCCACCUGGGAGCAUCGACUCAGUAAUUCUCUACACCACAAGCCUUCGAGGGAUACGCAAAACGUUCGACGAUUGCAACAGCAUCCGCUUUCUGUUAGAGAGCUUUCGGGUUGCGUAUUUCGAGCGUGAUGUGUCAAUGCACAUGGAGUUCAGACAAGAGCUUUGCAGCAUUUUGGGUUGCAACUCGGUUCCUCCUAAGCUUUUCAUAAAGGGGAGAUACAUUGGGGGAGCAGAGGAGGUUCUGGCGCUUCAUGAGCAAGGAAAGCUGCGGCCGCUUCUUGCAGGAGUGCCGUUGGAUCUAUCACAAGGAUCAUGUCAAGGUUGCGCCGGAGUUCGGUUUGUGGUUUGUUUCAAGUGCAAUGGAAGUCACAAGCUCAUUGCUGACAAGGGAGAGUCUAAUGUGUGCCCGCAGUGCAAUGAGAAUGGGUUGAUUAUAUGCCCCUAUUGUUGCUGA